CGAGAUGUCAUUAGCACAUACACAUUGAGAUUAUAGAGUCAACUAGACACCCAAGUGACAUAUACCCUGUGGUGAGAUGGAUUCGGAACAACUGAAAGCGGCCGUCGCCGUUAUCAAUGCCGCAGUCACUGCAAGCAAAGAUGAGGAUAUAAUCGCCAAGCUGAAAGAGGUCAAUGAGGGCCCUUCUCCCUCGGAAGGCGUACUCAGAGAAACGAAAGCUGGGGCAACCAUCAACAGGUUGAAGAAGAACAAGUCGAAAGAGAUUCAGAACCUGGCCAACGAGAUUAUCGCAAAAUGGAAAGCUGCCGUAGAUCAAGAGAAGAAGAAGAAGCGACCGGCAGAGGAUGCGGCUGAGCCAACGCCAGAGAAAAAGGUCAAGACUGAGGGCGUCAAGACCGAGCGAAAGGAAGGAGCUUCAUCUAAGGUCAAGGCCGAGUCAGCGGCUGGCUCCGCUCGUCCAUCGCCGGCACCGGAGCGACCCGCAAAGCGAGAGCGAAAGUAUUCUACCAUCGACGAACAUGGCGCCAAAGACAGGAGUGCGGAAAAGGACGCUCCUAAAGGUUUGGAACCUCUGGGUAUCGAGAAUAUGCCGGAUAGGGAGCGUCCCAUUCGAGAGAAGGGUGUCACGAUGUGUUAUGACGCCUUGGCGUUUGACAAUCUGUCUGAAUCCACCUUGAUCGUAUCUCGGGCCAUCGCCAUCGAAUAUUCCAUCUAUGAAAAAGUCGAUCGAACAACGGGCAAUGACUAUCGAUCUCGAUUACGAGAGAUGUACCUGCACCUCCGCGAAGCAAAUGCCGCGUUGCGUGAUGCGAUCGUCAGAGGAGAAACGAUACAGGCAAAGGACGUGAUCAACCUUUCCCGAGAUGAACUUGCUAACGAAACAAUCAAGGCUGAGACUGCUGCGAUUGAAAAGGCCAACUUGUUCGCCGCUCAGGGUGCAGGAGAGACUGAGGCCGAGACGUUUGCCUUCAAGUGCGGCAAGUGUGGUCAAAACCGAACAAGAUACUACCAGAUGCAGACUAGAAGUGCCGAUGAGCCUAUGACCACAUUCGUAACAUGCAUCAAUUGCAGCAACAAGUGGAAAUUCUCGUAGAUCCAAGACGCUCGGCAAAGAAUCCCAGUUGUAUCGUAAGCAGCAUCGCUGCAUGUUAUUUUUGCCACUAUUUACAAUACGUGCGCGAGACAUCUAUGCGGUA